AUGUAUCUCUCAUUCCUCUCCAUCCUUGCACUUGCACCUGCCGCCCUUGGUAUUGUCGUCAAUGACCCCAUUAUGAAAUCGAAACGAACUUGGCAGCUGUUAUGGAAUAUUGACACCCCGAAAACCGGAUUUUUCCUUACUCGGAAUUGGAAGGAAAUGGAAUUUAUUGGCGUUGCGGAGACUGCGAAAGAAAUAGCUACUUUCAGACUAUCAAAGGAGCUAGUUCGUCCAGGUGAAGUUUGGAUUGUCGCAUACACCAAUGGUGGUAUAGGUCCAAUCGGAUAUAGCCAGAAGUUGACUCUGGAAUGA